AUGCGGCACGAAGAGAAUCUCAACUCUCAAGUAGGUUCACAAAAGGCUCACGCUUCACAGGGUUGGGCGGUGCCGAACGCCAAUAAUCCCUCCAGGCUCCAGCACCUCUCCAGCCAACUCCUCUCUGCAUUUGACAUGGCAGCACAUUAUUCUUUAGAGAAGAGAACAUUUGAUAGUAUAUUUGAGAAUCCACAUGAGAGCACGGACAGCUCAACUGUCAUUGUUAUCGCUGCGCCAUCUUGUCGGUUCUCUCCCCGAUUCAGGGUGAGCGGUGGCGGUGGCGGUGGCAUGAGGACGGUGGAGUGCCUGAGGGGGAGGCUUCUCGCAGAGAGGGUGGCAUCCAAGGCUGCAAAGGAGGAGGCCGACCAACUGUCCAAAAGGCUGGACGAGCUAGAGAAGAAGCUCGCCGACGAGGUCAAGGUGAGGAACAAGGCGGAGAGGAGGCUCAGGAGGGCCAUCAAGAAGCUGGAAUCCCUCAAGAUUCUGGACGUCGAGCUCUCGGACGGCUCCAUUGGGUCGCUCUCCUCCAAUGGCCGCUCCGGCCACCAGGCGCCGGAGGUGGAGGUGGAGACGGUGGAGGAGAGGAACAGCCCUGGCUCGUUGACCACUGAUGGUUCUGUGCCAUCCGGUCCUUCCGGAGACGCCGACGCCGACAGGGACAUCGCCAGGGAAUCAUCGGAGGGAUCAUGCACUCAGGUGAAUUCGUCCUCCCAGGACGGGAGCUGGUGCUCCGUUGUGUCAGAGCAAUCCCGGCCUGGUUCUUGCAUGUAUCUUGCCGGAAACACCACCCACUGCAGUUCAGAGGGGAGUGGCGGUGACCAUGAUUCAGAGAGGCAACACCUUGAUGCAUCCAGUGGCUGUGGCUCAGCAAAAUCCGAAGAGGCGUUCUACGAAAGCGACGACAGGCUAGCGCUUGUGCUAGUAGACCCCCAGCUCGUUGCAGCAGCAGCAGCAGACGACGGUCCAAGAACGCAGGACAACGAGACGCAGGCAGGAGAGGUCCGUGCCAGGAGUCACGAGGAAGAACAGCAGGAGGAAGAGGAGACCAACAAGCUUGCGAUCGUUCUAGCCGACCCCCAGCCUCAACCGGCAGCGGCCGCCGCUCAAACGGGGCCGCCGAAGCCACACGGCGACGUGGAGUCCGUUCUCCUGGCGCUGCGGCGGGUGAAGGAGCAGCUGCGCUACACCAUCGAGCGGCGGUCGCAGCUCGUCGCCCACCAGGAACUCUAUGGCCACUGA